AUGUCAUUAUUUCCAAUCGUUUCGCCUCAGACGAGUUCAAGCUCUGCACUCGGUAGCCAAUCUCCCAAUAAAUCACGACCGCAUCGCUCAACUCGGAGCGCUGUCAACUAUUCCGAACGCAUGAUCGACAAAUCAUCGAUCUCGCCGGUGCCGUCCACACCAUCCCGCUCUCUGCGAUCCAGACGAAGUAUCUCCAGCUCGUUAUCCUUUCCCGACAGAUCACCUCAAAAAAAGCCCUUCACGCUUGGCAGGAGAAGGGCAUCAUCGCCUGCAUACGCUACCAAUAACAAAGAAGCAGCUCUUGGGUUGAUCCUAGGUGACGAAGCGAGUACAGAAGAAGACGCUGCAACCGAGCCUGAAGCAGUCGCGAUUGAAGAUGGCGAGGACGACGCAGUGGACGGCGUACAAACCGAAGACGAUCUGGACCAGAAUGGCAAAGCACAAGAGGGAGAAAGGAUAGAAGAACUGGAGGAGAUGGAAGAGGGAGAAGAAGAACAAGUAGAACAAGAAGAACAAGGAGAACAAGAAGGCCAAGAAGAACAAGCUGAACAAGGUGAAGCAAGGAAACCAGUGGUGCCGGCACACGAACAACCUCGACAUUCGAGCAUGCCGGUGGAUAUUCCUGUCAGUGGUCGUCUUACUCGCCGGCGCACUAUAUCGCCAGAAAAGAAAUCAAGUGAAGGACUUGCCAAAAAGAGCGUUAUCCGAUUGGUGUUUGGGAAGAAGAGAAGAGCAGACGAGGAUUCUGAACAGAUCGAGAGAGAAGACACUCUUGAGCCGUAUGACAUCACGAAAGGGGUAUCAACACCCGAAGAACCGAAAACGGAGUCAUUUCUGGAGGAUGGUGGAAAAGAGGAUUCGCGGAAACGAAUGCCUAGAAAGAAAAGAAAAUGGCUGAAAAAGGGCGAAGUGGAUCCUGAUGAUCCCGUUGCUGUCGCACGUCAAAAGGAACGACACCUGAUGAUCGACGAAGCUAUCAAAGACUUGGAUAUACAAGAGGAAAUGCUUCUUGCUAACUCCCAUCCGCAAUUACUAUCGCUUUGGGAGGAAUUAGAACAUAGAAGGGAGCUGCAGAUGAAGUGGCUCGAAGAGCGAAACAAAGCGGCGAUUGGCGACUUGACAAUAAUGCGUGACCACGAAAUAGAAGUAGCUGUAUCUGAUUUCAAGGUCAAGCGAGACCAAGUAGGUGACGCGAUUGUACAAGAUAACCGUCAUAAGAUGGCUUGCUUAGUAACCGAACGAACGGUCUUACGAAGACCGCCUGGAAGUAUGCCGAUUCUCCGACUCGGACGCGGCGGUGGCGGAUGGCAUGUUCCCGUGAAGGAUCUGCUUUCAAGCGGCGAACAAGAACUACUACCCGUGACCAGUGGAAGUAAUCCCUCUUUUAGACGCGACAUUUCUCGUUCUGUCAAACCCGUUGGCUACCUGGACGCCAAAGCCGACCUUGAAAAGAUCGGUUUUAUACGCAACAGACGUCGAUCACACACUCACACUCGAGCAUCUGUUCCGCCGCCAGCACAGCAAGCACAUCCCGAGUCUGGACGGCAUAUAAGCCCCCCUGGACACGAUGGAGCACUUCCUAACUCUCAACCGAAACAAUCUCAGCCUCCACCUCCACAACGACAACGUUCACCCAAUCCUUGGGCUCCCGCCAAAUUAUCAGCGCGUUGGUUCGCCCCCCCUAAUUAUCGAUCGUCGAAAAGCCAACAUCGACAUUCCGAAAAAACUACACCCCAUACCAACGAUCAUCGCCGCGAUCCGCCUCCAACCGUAUAUGGAGGCCCAAUGGCAUCAGUUCCACCGCAAACUAACAAAUCGUCAGUUGAGCGACAACCACACCGACCGUCUCCCGCAACAAACUCUAGGCCCGGUCAACCCAAGCACUACUGGCCUACCUCUCAACCCAUAAAUUCUCAACACUCGCAUCCACCAAACUCAUACAGUCCCUUUGUGUCGAGACCACUGUCGCAAGCAUAG